GUUUAAGGGGGCAUUGUGAGCUGUUGUUUAUGGGCGAUAUUUUGGACUCUUUGCAAUCCAGUUUUUCAGCUCCCUCCAAGCAAUAAAGAGCCUGAUUCACUUGAUUCAAAUUGCUUCUUUUUUGGGGGUUGUGAACUGCUGGACUAUUCUGACAGAGUGCCACUCCUCCAGAUACAGAUUUCCUCUCUUCCUGCAUUUGUUUCCAUUAUUCUUCAGCACGAACACUGGAUUUUUGACGUUCCUUCUGGGCAACAGUUUGAACUGGCAGAACUCCAAAGAUUUGACACAGCCCGCUGCAUGCUUGUGGCUUGUAAUUGUGAUGAAUAAUUAAAAGAAGAAGAAGAAGAAGAGUUUGCAACCUUGUGGGAGAGAGCUGUAAAGGAGCUGCCAUGGAUUUCAGAAAGACAAUUCUAAAGAAUUGUCAGGAGAGGAAGAAGACUGAGAAAUAAUUCUUAAAGCAGGAUCCACAAGGCAUCUUGGUGAUUGCUUUGCUGGAUGCAGCCCACUCUUUGCUUAUAAAGAUGAGGGAAUGAUGGAAAUUGGAGAAGCAAUUUGCCACCGGACUCUUGUGCAGAAUUAUCCACUAAACCCAGAAGACGUCUGAUCGAUCCGCCACUUAGAGGGACUUUGAACAAUUGGGUUUGAUCUCAAGGACCAGCCCUUGUCUCUUCCUGUAGCUCUGGGGACAUUGUAACGAUGAUUCGAUUAAGCCGAAGAGUUCGCUCAAUGCUUUCUUUGGGCCUCAACUGUCUUGCCCUCUGCUUUUCUGUGUCUGCUUUCAGCACCAGCUAUUGGUGUGAAGGGACCCACAAAGUGGUGAAAUCACCCUGCCUUUCAGUGGUCAAGAAAGGUAACUGCGUACCAAGCAACAGCAACGAGACUCUGGAUACGAAUGAGACGGUGGAUCCUCACAAAGUCCAGUACAUCUGGGAGACGGGUGAAGACAAGUAUGCUUUUCAGUAUUUCCACACCGGUUUCUGGCUGUCGUGUGAAGAACAUCAUGGAGAGGAGAAGUGUCGGAGUUUCAUCGAGCUGCCUCCAGAGUCAGAACAAGGAGUGCUGUGGCUCUCUGUUGCUUCCGAAUUUCUUUAUAUCAUCCUGUUGAGUAUUGGAUUCUUGCUGAUGUGUUUAGAUGCUAUCUACUAUGCCAACUUCAUUGACGGUCUCAAGAUCAACGCUUUCGCAGCUGUAAUCACUGUUUUGUCAGGUCUCCUGGGCAUGGUGGCCCACAUGAUGUACAUGACUGUCUUUCAGGUAGCUGUAAACCUGGGGCCAAAAGAUUGGAGGCCCCAGACAUGGUAUUAUGGAUGGUCCUUUGGCUUGGCCUGGCUCUCUUUCACUCUCUGCAUGUCAGCCUCGGUGCUGACCCUCAACACUUACACCAAGACUAUUCUGGAGUUCAAGUACCGUCGGCAGAUUUUUGAGAAAUACACGGCGGCAACGGGGAGCAUCCGGGGUUCCAACUCGCCGGCGCUGGACCCCGACCUGGAGCGUUUCCUAUGGGAGAAGUACAUCUUCAGUGUCAGUGAAUCCCUAGACUUCUCUGCAAGCCCACCCAGCCGCUUGGCUCUCAGUGGGGGCCGAAAGGAGUGUUCAGGAGGAUAUUCUGGCCUCCCAAGGAGUCACAGUGGAGAUACCAAGGAUGAGGAUGAUGGGGAACCUUGCUGAGGUUGUGUAGAAAAAGAGAGCCUUGUCCGUCAUUUCUCUUCUCCAUCUCGCAUUCACUCCCUCGCACAUCUAGUUUUAAUGAUGUUUUCCUCUCUCUCCUGUUGAACCUCUCAGUAACUUUCAUAGCUGAUCAUCAAGGACCUGUUUUAAAGAAGGUUUUUACCUAUGUUUUUUUCAUAUAUAGGGCAACUCAAGCUGGCAAACAUAACAAUAUUCUUUACUAUUUUCCCCAGAAGAACAACCACGUGGGGUGAGUUAGCCGAGAAAGACACUGGCCCAAAAUCACCCAGCUGGUUUUACAUGUUUAAGGUGGGAUUAGAACUCAUCUGGUGAUUGGCC